GACACGUGUCUCCUCCAGCAAGCUGUACGCACCCUGCGCUACACAAGACUUCCUCGCCCUUCUUUCUCCACUUUCCCCUACCUCCAGCGAACCCUCCAUUCUCAAUUCGCUCGCUGCUCUUCGCCUCUGCAUUCUCCGCCGCCGAGAUCUCAUGGAUGACAAGAGUCAAAAGGGGAAAGAGAAGGAUGUCUCUGCCUCUGCUCCUCCCCAUCGCCCCAAGGGCCGGCUCAAAUUUACGCCUAGGGUGCCUACCAAGAAAGCCUCAAAAAUCGUCCCCAAGAUGGAACCAGAAGAGGAGAAUGAGCUUCAGGCAAUUGAUAAGGAGUUGUUGAUGAAGCUUAGAAUGGCUCAGAGUGCUGGUGCUCUUGAAAGAAGAUCCAGGGCUGACAAAUAUGAAGCUCAUGUCGAGGUUGCAUUUGGACAAGUGAACCCUUCAGUUGCAAGAUCCUCUCCCACCCAUAAAAGCUCUUCAUCAGUUAAACAAGAGAUGAUAGACCUUUUCAGUAACUAUAUGAUGUCUGAAGUUACAACUUCUGCUGCAAAGUUACCCAAGCAGUCUGCUGGACCUCAGGACUUUACCCACCCCAGCUACAACUAUCCUCCUACUUCUCUCCCUCUAAGGAGGCCCGUCUCUGGAGAUCCAGUUUUUGAUGAAGACGAGUUAGGAGAGUUUUCUUCCAACAGAACAGAAGAUGGUGAAUUAACUGCAGCUAAGGAACUUGGGCUCAUGGACACUGAGGACAUGAUGAAUAAACCGCAGUUGCUCUUCUUCCAGUUCCCUGCAUCUCUUCCUUUACCGAUGGUUGAGUCAGUUCCAGAGGCAGAUAUGGACAUCAGUGAGGAUGAUGAAACAGAUGACUCCCAAUCCAAGGGGAACUAUAAGAAGAGGAGACUUGAGGCUAUCCGUGGUUGUAAGCUGAAAGAUAUGCCAGGUGGUCUCUUGGGGAAGGUACUCGUGUACAAGAGUGGUAAAGUGAAGAUGAGGCUCGGAGAUGCACUCUUUGAUGUAUCGGCUGGUAUGAACUACGCAUUUGCUCAAGAGGCUGUAGCGAUCAACACAAACAAGAAGCACUGCUGCAGCCUGGGGGAGGUGAACAGGCGUGCAAUUGUAACUCCUGACAUCGAGUAUUUGGUGGGUUCAGUCAAGAGGAUUGGUUAGUCUAUGGGAAAACUGCAACUGACUACGGAUGUUGACUUUGGAAGUGACGUGAAGUCGGUAACAAGCUUGUCACUGCUUCUGCUUCUGUUUCACAGUGAGGCCUAUGGAGAUGUAAAUUUUGCACUAGGAGAGUCGUGGAAAUUGAUACUACCAUGAUGCAGAUUUGUAGUAACUGCUGAUGGAGAUGUUCUGUUGAUCCUUUAUUGUCGCACGAUAUGGCUGGUGGAUUUUCUCAAUUGCUGAUAUUUGUCACCUUUGUCAGGAGUUCAGACAUUUACAGAAACGACCUGUCAUUUUUCAGUGACGCGGCCUGUAUGUGUAAAGCCAGUUUUUCUUCACUGGUUGCAACAAACUUCUCAAGUGUCUUUCCCCUCAAGAUUAUGUUUCAAUGGUCAUCUUGUUGUGUGUUCACCUUUGGUGGCACGGUUUGUUGUCAA